AAAGCACCAAGACUCAUUCUGUCGACGCGCAUACAAGCGCGCUGCGUCUCGCUAGUGCCUCGCUGCUGUGUACUGUGUGCCGAAAACCCCAUUACAACACUACGGAGCUGCAAUUGAGCACCAAGGCUACAAUUCAACCUCAACCGGCGCGAGGCAGGGCAGAGCGGGACCAUGGCAGCGGAGGACGAGGAUAUCGAACAAACGUUGCAUGUAGCCAGAUCUAUAUCUGUAUAUCGCAUUCCGCCUCGCCCGGGAGCGCAAGGGUGGCGGAGUGGGGAUUGGCUUGUGAGUGACAAGCUGUUCCAAGGCCGGCUCCGCAUCGUCGCAAAGGGCGAGUUAUGCGAAAUACGGAUGGAGGAUGUUAACAGCGGCGAGCUGUUCGCGGUGUGCCCGGUGCCGUACGGCCAGCGCAACCUGGCGGUGGAGCCGGUGACGGACAGCAGCCGCUACUACGUGCUGCGGGUGGAGGACCCCACCACCAAGCGACACGCCUUUCUGGGCAUGGGCUUCGACAACCGCAGCGACGCCUUCGACUUCAACGAGGCGCUGGUACGGCACGAGCAGCAGGUGGCCCGUGAGAAGGCGGCCAAGGCCAAGCUGGCAGGGGGCGCCGCUGCGGCAGGGCCUGCGGGAGGCGGCAGCGCGGCGGGCAUCACGGCCGCAGGGGCAGCGGCCAGCAGCAGCGCCGCGGCCGAGGUGGACGUGUUGUACCGGCACACGGCUGACCUGAAGCUGCAGGAGGGGCAGACAAUGCGAGUCAACAUGAGCGGCAUCAAGAAGCAGGGAGCCGCUGGGACUGCUGGCGGCAAAGGCUUCCUCGAAAGCACUGGUGUGCCAGCAGCGGGCGGGCUGUUGGUGCCGCCGCCACCGCCCCCCGCGCCCUCGACCUCAUCACACGGCACCGCCGCCGCGUCAACAGGCACCGCGCACGCAUGGACCAUGUCGCUCGCGCCGCCGCCUCACGACGCGGCGUCGGCACCGUCAACGCACCCGCAGCAGCCGCAGCAACAGCAGCCACCGCAGCUGCCGCGGUCCAGUGGCGGCAUAUUCUCUUACUCCGACUCGGGGACGCCUGCAGCGGGAACGGUGACUGUCGGUAGCAGCGCAGCAGUGCAAGCAGCAGGCUUGGCGGCGGCGCCUUGGCCGGCCGCGGCUCCGGUUCCAGCUGCCGCUCCUCCGGCGCAAGAAGGCUGGGCGACUUUCGACUGACGGGUGUUACCCCUUAGCUUGCAUAGCUAGUACGCAUCAUUGCAUUUAUGGAUAAGCCACCAAUGCGAGGCACACGAAAUCUGGUGGCGCGCGGGGCUUAUACCUACCCUUGACCGGAACCUGACAACCCAGGUCCGUUACCUACCCGCACCGCCUAUGUUACCGGCUUUGCGUGAACGGCGUGUGUUUAUGCGCGCGCACAUCGUGUGCUGCCUGUUGACCAAGUUAGCAUGACAGCAUGAGCUGUACGCCGUGCCGGAUUGGCGCCUUCUUCCCGUACGGACGAUGUCGCGUGGGCCCGUGACACGCGGCGACGCAGCCACUGGGUCGCCGACCACACUGGAGCAGUGGAGCUGUGCUUGGAGAAGUGGGUGUUUGGUGCAGGCAAGCUUGAGGGUAGACAAGACUCAGGAGUGCGGCAGUUGCGGUCUGCGGAGGGCGUAUGAGGGCGUAUGGCCGUUGUGGACGCGGUUUGGAUGCAGUGUACGAUGGAGCGGGCGCUUCCCCAUGCGCCCAAGCAUGAGCUGCCCUUGCACGGUUGCACCACAUUCAUUGCGGCACAAGGGUCCGCCAGGAAGCAAGGUGCAACUACGUGCUUAUGCUGGGUUUGCUGCAUUCUUUCGCCCGUACGUACACGCGAACUCGGCGCGGUGAUAGGACGUUUGGCAGUCAUGCCGCCGUGUGAAACACAAGCGACUUGGGGAUGAAGUGCAGCUGUGGCGAAUGUGAGGCUGUUUGGCCGGUACAUGGCAGGUGAUACUGCUGUGGAAUGCAUGGGGCCGCCUUGGGUGUGACGUGCAGUGCUAACUGAUGAGACAGGUGCCUAGUGCCGCCGCAGCGGAGGGCCUUCAUCCAACUACGUGGGGAGCAUCUCUAUCGCGCUUCUAAAACGGGGCGCGGCAUAAUUACACCUUGCGCGCUACUAACACCGACACAGUGCGGUCAUCGCCAAUAGAGCCACAUGCGCGUCCAUGAAGUACUGGGCUGCUGGCGCUGGUCUGGAGCAUUGAAUGAGCUUCUUCAG